AUGUCUGAUGAUGAAGAUCACUUAUCCCAGGAAGACAUUGAGGAAGCUAUCAAUGAAGGGCAGCAAGAAGACGGCGAAGAAGCCCACGAUCUUGAUGAUGGAGAGCAAGAAACAGAAGCUGCAAAUGAUGCCAUGGCAGCGGCUCUUGGAACUGAUUUGAGUGCCCAGUACUUGGAAGCCAAGAGUAUCCCGAGGCUCAACCGCAAGCCACCCAGUCGUUCUGAAGUCUGGGAAUGCUUCUACUCUGUUGAUGUACCCGACAUUGAUCAUAUUGAAAAUCUCCAAACGUUGGAUCCUGUUGCCUAUGACAAGAUUCAUAAAGGAUUGCUUUCAGGGGAGCAAUAUGUAGCAUAUCGUGCAUGCCUCGAUGAUACGAGCAAGUCACUGGCCCGUUGUCUGCACAUGCCAAUCUACAAGAAAACAGCAUCCGGGGGAUUCAAUGGCAUAGGCAAUCCUCGCAAGCACGUGAAGACACAACACAACAACAUGUUUCUUGCAAUGAAAUCUGAAGGCAAAAGUUUCCGUUACGAACUCUAUGUCACUCGGUCUGCUGCUACUGUUGCAGUCGGUUCACUGGCAGUACCCCAACAAGUACCCCAGCAAGUACCCCAACAGCUGUCAAGCAACGUCAGUCAUAUGACCCUUUCAGAGCCACGGUCUCUGCAGCCACGGUCUCUGAUUCAUGAAAUGAGUAUCGAGGCUGGAAAGAACAAGGCUCUUGCGGAAUUCCAAGAUGCACAGCAUCGGUUCGCCACAAACAACAACAUUCCUCUUCGUGUUCUGACGGACCACAAGGCUUGUCCUGAAUUCAGAACUAUGAUGAUAUGUAUGUGCCAUGGUGAAUGGGGCGGCUCUGUUGAAGUGUCCCAACAAUGGCUUGAUGGGACGCAUGGCUCGUACAAACUACAGAGCCAGAGAUUACCAAAAUUUGAUUGCUGCGGUUGGAAUGCAUCUAGGAGAGACUGA